GCGAGGGAUGUGAGGCGGUCAAGAUGGCGGCGCCCUGUGGAGUGCAGUUUCUUUAAGAGUGGUGCCUGGAGACUGUAUCGGCGGGUGGCCCAGGGACCCCGCCAGACAGGUCAGGAGGCCGUGAAAGUGACGUCUGAGAGCCCCUCCCCUCCCCUCACGGUCCAUCUCAGCAACACACCCUCCACGCCCCCACGUAGCCAGCACCACCAUGGCCAGGGAACAGCUCAGUGUGGGGGACUUGCUCCCCCUCCUGGAGACCUCUGAUCUCCAUCAACUUGAAGAAAUCAAAGGUCUCAUCAAUGAACACCUCAGUACAGAGCGAGGAUCUGUGCUCCUGAAUGGCUUGGUGGAUUACUUCUUGGAGACCAACUCGACCCAAGCUAUGCACAUCCUGUGUUCAGUGAGAGAGCCGCAUGACAAGCACCUGUUUGAUAAGAUGAACGAGUGCAUGGCAAAGCAUUCCUGUCGUCUGCCCACUCUCAACCUGCUGGGGCAAGUAGUCCGCAAGCAGCCAUCCUGGAUCCAUAAGAUCGCCCGCUACCCUCUGCUGCUCUCCCUGCUCAAAUGCCUCAAGACGGACACAGAUGUUGUGGUUCUCAUAACUGGAGUGCUGGUGCUUGUGACCCUGCUACCCAUGAUCCCUCAGGCUGGGAAGCAGCAUCUCUAUGAGUUCUUUGACAUCUUUGGCCGCCUGGCUGCCUGGAACCUGAGGAACCCAGGACACGUUUCAGAAGUGUACCUGAUCCACCUACAUGCUAGCGUCUAUUCACUCUUCCAUCGCCUUUACGGCAUGUACCCCUGCAACUUCAUUUCCUACCUGCGCUCACAUUACAGUAUGAAGGAGAACAUGGACACAUUCGAGGAGGUUGUUAAGCCGAUGCUGGAACAUGUUCGCAUGCACCCAGAAUUAGUGACUGGAACAAAGGACCAUGAGCUUGACCCUACCAGGUGGAAGAGAUUUGAGAUCCAUGACAUUGUCAUUGAGUGUGCCAAAGUGUCUCUGGACCCCAGGGAGGCAUCCUGUGAGGAGGGCUAUGCCACCCUGCCUGAGCACUUCUGUGGCCAGCUGCACUUACGCCCUCCUGAUUGCACCGCCAGCCCUUACACUGACUUCCACAGCAGCUAUGGAAGUUCAUCCUCGAGUCAGUUCUAUACCCCGCGGCAGCCUGUCCUCCCUCCCCUCCCCCUGGCAUCUCUCUCAGGGACCCAAACAGCCUAUCGCAGCCCCCCCAGCACCCGCCGACCGAACUCCAGCUGUGACUUCAACUCCACCUAUGGCAUUAAGGACACUCUCUGGAGUCCCUCCUCCCUGUGUGGUAUGGCCACUCCCCCGUCAUCAAGGGGAAUGUCGCCCAACCCUGAGCUAUCACAGAGUGCCUUUCACCUGUCUGGCCGCUUUCACAGCACUCCAGCUGGUGGUAAAGGUACCCCAUGUUCUAGCACCCCUGCAGCAUCCUCUCCACCCCCCAGUCUCACUGAUGAGUUGCCCUCUGCGUCUCUGCCCCAAAACACGUCCAGCCUGACGUGCAAGGAUGGUAGACCUGUGGAACCCUGCAAGCCCCCCCUUCUGAGACAGGAACCAAUCAGAGAGCUUGAGAAAGCAGGGGGUGAAGUGACCAACCACAGAGAUGGUGAGACUGAGACUGUGUCCAUGACGCUGACUGAGCUUUCGGUCUACAUUAAGGAGCAGGAGCAGCUGCGGAUGGGCAAGGAAAGGGAGGAGGCUGCCAUAACAGAAGAGCUGCUGAAGCUGACAGAGGAGAAGCGUGACCCCAGUGGACUGAGGGGCUUUGACUCACCCUUCUACCACACCACAGAGACUCUCACAGGGGCCCAGGAGAAACCCCCGUCCACCUCCACCCAGAGCAGCCUACUCAGAGAGACCAACAACGUUGUCUCUACACCCGACAAGACAGACACCCGAACCGGGCGUAGAGGCAUGGGCAGCCGCGGCCCGUCCCAGGAGCAGCCAUGGUCCUUCCAGCCAGUCUUCACUCCCAUCGAGCACCCUGCUCUCAGCCACGUCCGCCAUAGCCCUACUACGGACGACGAGGCGCUCAAAUAUGGUGCACUCCUCUCGCCCAGCCCCUGCAAGGCUCCCUCACUUCCCUAUGAGUCACUGUUUGACCUAGCCCUGCCUCGCGCUGCCUCACUGUAUGUGGGACGCAGGACCUCGGAGGUGCUAGAGAAAGUGACGGCCGAGGGCAGGCCGGGGGAAGUGGGGGAGGGGGAGGAUGGGCUUGUAGCAACUUCCGCGUCUCCUCUUGAGGUACUUGAUCGUCUCGUGCAGCAAGGGAGCGACGCCCAUGACAGGGUGCUAAAGAGAUUACCCCUGCCAAGCAAGUCAGCUGAUUGGACUCACUUCGGAGGCUCUGCUCCCCUGGAUGAGUUGCAGACUCUGCGCAGUCAGUUGCUGCUGCUGCAUAAUCAGCUGCUUUACGAGCGCUAUAAACGCGAGCAGCAUGCUGUGCGCAACCGGCGCCUCCUCCGCCGCAUAAUCAACGCCACGGCGCUGGAGGAGCAGAACAACGCAUUGAAGGACCAGCUGAAUCUGCAGAAUGUGGACAUCACAUCUCUGCGUGAGAGCCUACAAGUGGAACAGCAGCGCUACAGGCAGCUGUGGGAUGACCGGGAGACCAUGGUCACACGUCUUCACAGCCAGAUCCGGCAGCUCCAGCAGAGCCGUGAUGACUACUACACCAAGAACCAGGAGUUACAGAGUAAGUUACAGGAGUGUCAGAAGAGGAUGGGCGAGAUGGAGGCAGAGCUACAGAGGGCUAAUAACAAAGUGUGUCAUACAGGGCACCAACUGAACCAGCUUACCGCCAAGUUGUCCACAAGUGAGAGUACCCAGCAACAACUGAGUUUCCUGAGCAAACAGUUGCUAUUGUUGGGGGAGGCACAUAAACUGUGUGUGCAAGAGCUUCAGCAAGCUGGUCCAGACAUCAGCAAGGAGGUGCAGAUGUUGCAGUUGUCCUGGGGGAAGGAAGUGGAGCAGCUUAAGCAGAGUCUACUAUUGCAGGGCCAGAAGCUGGAGGCAGCACAGCAGAGAGUGGCUGAACUGGAGACACAGCUCUCCAAGAAGGAGCAUCUGAUCGCAGAGCAGAAGAAGUUCCUGGAGGACGUCAAGUGCCAGGCCAAGGAGGAGCUGCAGGCGUCAGAGAGUAGGUAUGAGACUCAGAGGCGUGUGACUCAGGUCCUGCAGACUGAGCUGCUGCAGCUCUAUAGCAGGCUGGAGACGGAAGCCCCUACUGCCACUGCAGCAGCUUCAUCUGUUGGGGAAGCCAAAGACCGCUGCAGCCCCCCAGAGACCAGUGUGAUGGUGUUGGAUGGACCAGUGAAAACAGCCUCCAAAGAGGAUGUGGAGACGUCUCUGUCUCCACAUGGUAACGGCAGCAUUCUGCCGUCGGGUCAAGCCAAGUCUGUUAACGGCAGUCGAGACACCCCUCCCCCUGUGCUGGUGGAGCCGCCACCUCUUCGGCCGCAUAUACCGCUGGGGCCCACUGGACCCCCAGCACCCUCUUCAGCUGCACCCCUCACUGUGGGCUCCUACCCUAGCGCCAAAAGCUUCUUGGGCAUGCGGGCGCGGGAGCUGUUCCGCAACAAGAGCGAGAGUCAGUGUGACGAGGGCGAAACCUUGCGCCCGCAGCUUACUGGCCUGUCGCAGGGCCUGAAGACUGAGCUCUGUGUAGAGCCGCCCAAAAAGACUGCAUCUGGACCCGCCCUCACCACAGCGGCUAAAGAGGCCCAGACCCACAGCCUGCAGCGGGCCACUAGCCGAGAAGGAGGCGGGGCCAGCGGGACGCCAGCCCGGCCCAGGCAGCAACAGCUACGGAUCAUGGACUAUAACGAAACACAUCAGGAGCACAGCUAGAGAGAGAGAAAGCAAGUGAGAGAAAAGGAAGUUGGCUUCAGAGCUAGUAAAUGGAGAAAGCUGCAAGCUGAGAUCGGAUUACGCAGGACUCUUUUGAUUUCAGUGUUAUUUGUCCCAUUCCCUCAAGUGGACAACAGGAUUUGGAACUGUUUUGUUCCUCGCCAAAAAACUGGAGCUUUGAAAGGCUUGGAUAUGAAAGACAGUGUUGCAAGGUCAUCCCACGCAGAGUGUUACUCCGUGGGUUUAUUUGGGCCCCCCCUCUGUAUCCUUGUGAAACUCCAUAAGGCUCAUUCAUUUGCCCUUACAUCUGCUAAAUUAGCAGUAUGGUUUGAAAACAUGAUUGAGUCCCAGCUCGAGUCAGAGCAGAGCAUCAGCCUUGUAUAGGUCUCUAGUUGUAUGAAAGUAACAGAAGCAAUGUGCGGUUUAGGCAAAGUGAUUUCUGGGUUAAUACAUGCCUACAGAGUUCUGUGUGGUGCAUAGCGUGCUUUAGAGCUGAAUGAUUUGGAUUUGGGGGAAAUAUCUAUAGAUUUUCGAACAAGUUUUGUGACUGCAGUUUAAACUGAGAUUAUUUUAAGGUCCAGACCAGCAUAUCCACUUUUUCUGGCUUCAGGUUCAAAAGGUAGCACAUCUAGUUUGUUCAUGUGGAUGUUCAGUCGCUUCUAAAUGGUCUGAAUCGGGGGUGCCCAAUCCUUCCUGUAGAUCUACCACCCUGUAGAGUUCAUAUCCUACAUGCCUUGUUCUAAUAUUCAGGUGCCUCUGAAGGCCUUUCAUUCCAUGUAACACGUGUGUGAGGUUGGGGUGGGAGCUAAACUCUGUACGGUGGCAGAUCUUCAAAACCAACCAUGGUAAUUCAUCUGUAGAGAGUUCACAAGCCGUGUUUUUAGGUUUAAAAAGUUCCUUACUUAAAACUUAGGCUAUAAUUAAAAUUGCAGCUCUUGCGAUUUGAAUGUUGGGACUACCCUUAUAAGAUCUUUAAGUAUGGUUUACAUUUAGUUUAUUAAUGGUUAAGAAUUAGGUCAUGCACACCUUUAAAAUCACUGAUAAGCAGUUGUAAACACAUCAGCAGUGACCUGUCUGAUGAAUAUUUGAAGCUGACAGGUUUAAUGCUUAAUGAUGGAGAAGACAAAGUAAGAUAAGUAACCUGCAAGAUCUUAGGUUUAACAGUAUAGUUGAAUAUGUGCUCACAAUUUUGCACACUUUUUAUGUGUUAUAACUGCUUAUUAUUUUUUGUGUUUAUAACCUAAUUAAUAACGAUUAAUAAACUAGUUUUAAACCGUUGAUUAAAGCUUUAUAAGAGUAAUCUUAAAGUAAAAUGUAAAAACAUAAAAUUGAUCAAAUCUUUCAGCCCUAGCUUGCUUACACCCGGGGAUAGAUCAGCCUUCUUGUGUCAAGGAGGAACAAGUCUAUGUUCCAGACCCCUUAAAGAACUGAGAAUUAACCCUGAAAUGCUUUUAAAAGUGCUGAAACCAUGCAUAUUGCUUUUGUAUGUGUGAGUGUGUGAGCGAGAAUGUGUGUGGCAGUCGGAAUGAAAGAGAGAGGGCGCUAUGAAGUUUAGUAGAGGUGCUUUUUAUAUUACUAGAAUUUUUAAAUUAUUUAUUUUUUGUCUCUACUUUGUGACAUAUUGCCUUUUAGGUAAGAGACAAGUAUUAGUGCUCAACAAAAGUAAAUCAGCAGACAAACAAAAGUAGCCUUCCAAGUAACGCCAGUCCAAGGUAUCAAUAAUGAUAGUGUCAUAUUAACUGACUGACAGUGAGAGCAGUUACACUGAACUGUUACAUGUCAUUACAUGAAGCUGUUACAUCUUGUAAUACUUUUCAUAAAUGCCAUAUCUCCAUGGUGCAAUCCACAUAAUCAGGCUUUAUUCUGAGGAUUUCUCUUACCAGUAAAGUAAGCAUUGCACUAAUCAGUAUCGCGAUACUAACACUUGAUCAUCAGAUCCCACAGAUUUUUUAGAAUCUCUCUAGUUUCUUAAAUAGGGGUGGGCAAAAAUAUAUUGCAGUACUUUAAGGCAUUUUCUCAGUACAUAAUACGUAUCAGCAUAUUUAGUUUCUGAGGUUUAAUAAAGGGGAACAGACAAAAAUGAACUAGCAGUGCCACAUUUAAAAAUACUUUUAAAACUAUGAAUACAGUGAUUUUUAUGCAGCAUUUCACAUGCUGCACUAUAUUACAUUUUAAUUAUGCUCUCUGUUUAAAGAAACGUUCAGAUAGUUGGUGUUCUUUACAGACAAUGCUAAAUAGCAUCAUAUUGCCCACCCCUACUCUUCACCUACAGCAAGAUGGCUAAACUUCAUUACAAGCAGCUGGCCAAAGGACUUUAUCUGCCCAACACUGUGAAAUGCAGCCCCCUGUGAAUUCCU